AUGGCCGAGAACCAAGCACCUACCAUCCCCCGUCAACGAGGCACAAUCUUUCCACAUGGCGAAAAUGACAAAGUUCGUGUGCCUGAGGACACCGAUCUCCUGAUCCAAGGAGACAACAUCACCAAGAUCGGGAAAGACUUCGUGUUUGGUCCGUACACCAAAGAAAUAAACUGCCAUGAAAAGGUGAUCUCGCGCGGCUUCGUCAAUACCCAUCAUCACGUUUGGUAAACGCAACUUAAAGGAAGACAUAUGUGACGACAAUCUACUAAAUUAUACUACAAAAGGGAAUUGGCAGCCAUACAACUAUACUGCGCGCGACAUAUUCUGGGGAGAGCUGGGUGGUCUAAUGGAGGCUAUUGAUGCGGGCACGAUAUGCAUUGUCGACCACGCUCACAUGGCUUCCUCGUCGAGCCACGGCCUCGCUGCCCUUUUUGCUACGCUCAGCUCUGGCAUAAAAUCAAUCUUGUGCCUGAGCGCGACACCACGGCUUAAAAGAUGGGAUAGUGAAAUUGUCAUC